GCUCACGGCGCUCGGCGGGCAGCGGUACCGCACCUCCAGAGGAGCCCGGGGCAGGUCCUCCGCCUCGCCGCCGAGAGAUCGGAAGUCACAGUCAUGAAAAAAAAUGCGGAAAAUAAAUGAGCGCAAAAGGCUGGAGUUUCAGAUUGCUCGGAGGAUAGGGUGGGAAGCAGUGACCUAUGGAAGCUGAAGCGGCAACAAUAUUAGAAGAAACCUAUCUAAUACUGAACAUCAAGAAAGAGAAGGUUGAUGCUGGAAAUUACUAUCCUGAAUGGCUGCUCUUAGGAGAAAGAUAACUGUAGUCGGAGAUGACCGCUGUGGUAAGACAUGCCUCCUGUUUGCUCUGUGUCACAAACAGCUUCCCGAGUCCUACGAGCCAACUCUGUUUGAUGCUUAUACCACUGACACAGAGAUAGAUGGGAAAGAGAUGAAACUAAUUCUCUACGAUGUGGCAGGGAAGAAUGAAGUUAGUUACAGAAAUCUCCGCUCAGUGUUCUACAAGGACACUGACGUUAUUUUAAUGUGCUUCUCUGUGGACAGACCUGACUUACAGCAAAACAUCCUUGAUUUUUGGGUUCCAGAAAUCAAAGUGUUCUGCCCCACAGUACCUAUUAUUCUGGUGGCUACCAAGGUAGAACUAAGGGGUAAUGAAGAUAUUAAGAAGCCAACUACUCCAGGCAACGAGCCAAUUAACACCACAGAAGGAAAAGCUUUAGCUGCCAGCAUUGGGGCAUAUGCUUACCUGGAGUGUUCUGCCAAGACAAAAGAGGGUGUUGAUACAGCCCUGGUGAUUAUUAGCCAAUGUGCAUUAAAUGAGAAAAGGAGGCAAAAGAGGCACUACAGGCGCUGCCGAAUUCUGUAAGAGGACUUAACAUUGCUUUGCUGUUGGAUUUCAUCAUGUGGAAAGCACUUGCAGGCAGAAGACAUGAAGUAAAGAGAAUGCCAACAACCAUGCUCUCAGCUUUGCAAGUCAUUAACAAUCUGGAAAGAGACUGAGACAUGCUGUCAACCUAAGCAGAAAAUCUCAGAGAGGCACGGAGAUGGACCAAAAUGGAAAUACUCUGGGUACAUCUCCAUACUCCUCCCUUCUGUGAAGCACUGCUUGCUGGCAGCCCAAGGAACUGAGUUAUGGACUGACAUUAAAGGCACAACUCUGGAAGCAGUCAAAUAAUGUGACUGCAGGAUUUGAAGGCACAUACUGUAUCGCUGUAAGUGGACAGAGAAGUGCUUUAAGUAAACCCCUUUUGAUCCUGAAGUAAAGGUACAGGGCUAAUUGAGCAUAACUGUCAUGAAAUAGGAGAACAUGAAAGUCUUAUCGCUUUCUUUUGCUGACUUCCUUGGUGCUGGUUUCAUCACUCUGGCAGCUUGGUUAUGCUUUCCCAGGGGGAAACAAAAUUAGAAUAAACACAAAUUUAUAAAAUUAUUAUGCCACCUAGAGCUGUACACUUAGCAAACCAGCUUUUCCAGGUGAGAGACCUAGUAAAAUACACGCUUACGAUUUUUUUCUUACCUAUUCUUCCCACCAGUAUUUGUCUAUUGACAGUAUUAUGGGUAGAAAUACUGGAGUUGGCCAAGUAUUCAUUAUUGGAUGAGUUGCUGAUUUCCUUCUACAUCACUUUUUAGUAGCAGUUUAGAAGUCCACAACCACACUGUGCCAUAAUAACAAAUGCUUCAAGGAUGACACUUUAUAUUCCAAAAGUACCUUUCUUCCAAGAAUCUCAGAGCACAAGCAGGUUUCAACAUGAAUUACCAGCCCACCUCCUGGUGAUAAGUAGGUGUUAUUUCCAUUUUCAAACCCGAGAAACUUAAACUGCUGCCUAAAGUAACUGUGAACCACCUACUUCUUGGAGCUUUCUUUUUCUUGACUUGUUUUCCAUUCCCUUUCUAUUUUGCUUCCUGGACCAUUCUUAACCUCAAUUUCCUCUACUCCCUGUCUAUAGUAAUCCCCAGGAUGCAACCUGAUAUUGUACCCAAACUUUAAAACUCUUCUCCCCAUGCAACUCGGAUGUGUGUGCUGUGCAUAAAUGCUCUCCUGAUUCAGUUAGUAAAAUAUGUUACUUCAUUUCAAAGAGCUGUAUUUAUGUAGAUAGAUUUAAAUUGUUAUUUCCAUUUUAUAUGUGUAUCUGUGGGUGGGGAGGAUUAGACAGCAGAUAAUUUAAAGAACACAGGUGUCUCAGGUGCCUCCGAUGUGAGGUAUUGGAUUGGAGAGAGGCAGUUUUGCAAAGAUGCUGUGCACUUACUGCUUGGAAAGUUCAGACCACUUUGGUGAAUCUGAGCUUACAUUGCCUGUUGCUUAGUAGGACACUGGUCAGAAUACUGACUGGUGUCUGUUUUCGAUCUAAAUAAACAAAUAUUUUCCUCCAGAAAGGUGCUUUGUUCAAGAUAAGGGUAGCUGGUUUCAGUCCCAGUAUUCACUGACAUAUCUCUGAAUUAUACUGUUGUUAGACUGUUUUUAGUUUCUAUUUCUUAACAUUAACCUUUUUAUUGUUUUUAUGUGAAAUAAAAAGUUGGCAAUCUGUUUCCACUGUAUACUCCUCCACAACUGGGAGAGAGAAAUCAGUGGGAGGUUUUUUCAUCAUUCUUUUGCUAAAGCUGUAUAAAUUCUCUUUUUUGCCACUUUUGUAAAAAUAUCCAAAUGCUCUUCCUCUUUAUCUGUCCCAAAACACUUUUGCAAGAGCAAGUUACUAUGUGGCUGUUCAAGAAAUUAUUUGGACAGUUGUUCAUCUUUUAGGGCACCCAACUCCCAUGAGAAGUCCACAGACUGGAUAGUUUCCUUUUUUUUGUAUUUCAGCAUUGAUCUGCGAUACAGAAAGAAGGGGGUAUAGCCCAGUAGUCAGGAUAUUAGCCUAAGACAUAUGUAUCUGGGAUUGCUCCUCUAUUCCAUCGCAAACUAUGGUCUGUAUGACCAUACAGAAGAGAGUGUGCAGGUCUGCACUGCAAAGUAGCUGGAAGCAAGCCAUCCACCCAUAGCAGCAUGGAGCUCGGCAGGUGCUGGUUCAUCCUUCCCAUUUAAAUUGUGUCUCCAGGAGCCUCUGCAGCCUUCAGCUCACAUACACCCUCCAGCUGAUGUUAGGCUUCCUACCCCGGCCUGCCGGGCUGCUGGUUGUACACAGGCAUGUGAAGAGCUCAGAUAUUAGCUGUGAGAGAGCUACAAAGUCUGUAUAAAACUGAUGCUGGGAAAGUGAUACAUGCCCACAUCUUAAACCUGGAACAAAAAUCAAUAGUGAAGGAUCCAUAUAGAAGCAAACGGCCAGUAGUCAAUAGCCAGGCUAGACUUGAGCCAGAGGUGCUACCCUUCUAAUG